UGUGUAUAUGUGUUAUACCAGUGAACUGCCAUAUUGCUUCUCUGAUUAUAAAUAUUUAUUUAUACACACUAUUAUUUAAACAACAAUUUAUAAUUUAUAAUCAACAACAUUGUGCAUUCCAUGGAAAUAUAGCAUUUAUAAACAACCCAUCUACCAUCAUCUCGUUAAACAUAAAUCAUAAAAAUUUUAUAAAAAACUUGAUUUUAUUUUUCAUCACAAAGACUUAAAAAUGUCGGCAGGACCGUAUAAUUAUUCUUAUAUUUUUAAAUAUAUUAUCAUUGGUGAUAUGGGCGUUGGAAAAUCAUGUCUGCUUCAUCAAUUUACCGAAAAAAAAUUUAUGGCUGAUUGUCCUCAUACAAUUGGUGUUGAAUUUGGCACAAGAAUCAUUGAAGUUAAUGGUCAAAAAAUUAAAUUACAAAUAUGGGAUACUGCUGGUCAAGAAAGAUUCCGUGCUGUUACUAGAUCAUAUUAUCGUGGAGCAGCUGGUGCAUUGAUGGUGUACGACAUAACACGUCGUUCAACUUACAAUCAUCUUAGCAGUUGGUUAACUGACACAAGAAAUCUCACAAAUCCAAGCACUGUCAUAUUUUUGAUUGGCAAUAAAAGUGAUUUAGAAGCACAGAGAGAUGUCACGUAUGAAGAGGCUAAACAAUUUGCUGAUGAGAAUGGUCUGAUGUUUGUCGAAGCUAGUGCUAAAACUGGUCAUAAUGUAGAAGAAGCUUUUCUAGAUACUGCUAAAAAAAUAUUUCAGAGCAUAAGAGAUGGACGCUUGGACUUGAAUGCUGCUGAGUCAGGAGUUCAGCAUAAUCCUAGCCAGCCUGGUCGUACCACAAUUCAAGGUGUGACUAGUGAUCAACCAGGUGGCAAAGAUUCAUGCUCUUGUUAGAACAACAUUUUUAUUUUAUGUAUAUAGGCCCACUAAUUACAAAAAAAAAAAAAAAACAAUAAUAACAAGUUACAAAAAAAAACUAUAUCUGAAAAUUUAAAAAUAAAAAAAUCAUGAUUUAUUUAUUGUAAAAAAUCAUGUAAUCAUAUUAUUAUAAUUUACGUUUAUAAUAUGUUUUUCGAAUAAUGAUUAAAAGGUGCAAAUUUAAAAAUGAAAAAACAGUUAUUUCUUUUUUUUCUAAAUAAAUAUUGUCUCGUCGAAAUUUUUCUCUAAAAAAAUAUUUAAAGUAUUUCUCUUAAAGUUAAAUAAAAUCAAUGAUGAUUUUAAAUAAAUAUUAAAUACAAAUUGUCAUUAAAUCAAGAUAUUUCGAUUUUCUUGUUUAAUUUUUUUUCUAAUUUUUAGUAUUAUUUUUUAUUAUUAAAAUUUAUUAAAUUAAGUCAAUAAAAAGCCGCCCCAUUUCAAUAAAAAAAUUUAAACUGUGUAUUUUUUAAUGAACACUCACAUUAAUGAUGAGUAAUAAUAUUGUAGUUUGUAGUUUUUAAAUAAUAAUAAUAUAUAUCAUUAAAAGAAAAAAAAAUGAAUUGAAUUAGCAUAAUUUAAUAGAUCAUUGUCCAUAAUGUUUUAUUUUAUUUCUAAAUAAUUUUAUAAUUCAAGUAUUUGUUGUUUUUUUAUUAAAAAUAUGAUGGCUUAAAUAGAAAUACUAUAUCAAUCUGUAUUAUUCGAAAUUAUAAUAACGACAAAUUAUGUUAUAAAAGAAAGUAAAAAUAUAAAAAAUCAUGGGAUUGAAAAUGAUUGUUAUAAAAAGCCAUAUUUCGAAAAAAAAAAACAAACAAUUUAUUUAAAUAAUAUCAUCAACAAUUGAAUAUUAUAUAAUAAUUAUUUGAUUUUAAUUUUCUUUUAUUAUUUAUUAAGUUAUAAUUAUUUAUACUUUGAUAAUUUAAUUAUUAUUUAUUUCAAUAUAAUUCGAAUAAUAAUUGCAAGAGUAAAAUAAUCGAUAGAAAUUUUUUAAAUAAAAAAAAAGAAUUGUAAUGUUGAUGUAACACAAUAAUUAUUGUUGAUUUUUAAAUUAUUAAUAAAUAAAAUUGUAAAUCACAUAGAUAUAAUUUUUAAAAAUAUUGUGAUUAUCCCCUCCUUGAUAAUUUUUGUGUUUUUUAAUUUCUAGAGGUUAGGUCACGUGUUGUCAUCAAACUAAAAGUAAAUGACAUUUAUGUUGAUCAAUGUUGAUAAAGUGACAAAUAAAUAUUGUUUAUUAUUAAUUAAUAAAUAGAAAUAAAAAUGA